AUGGCGGGGUCCGGCGAGGCUUUGGCACUCCACGUCCUGCUCUGCUGCCUGUGCGGAGGUGUCGCGAACAUCAAGUGCUCGGGGCACGUCUGGAUCGAGCCCGCGCCGGUGGUGCGGAUGGGCUCCGACGUCUCCAUCAACUGCCUCUCCACCCUCGGCUGCCCCUGGGCCAAGUUCCUCAUCCUUCUCAACUACAGCCUCGCCGAGGGUCCCCUCCAGCCCCUCAACAGCAGCACCGUCCGGCUCCAGCUGCGCGAUUUCCGAAUGCCCUUCGGGACCGUCGCCUGCUUCGCCCGCUGCUCCGACAGCGAACGGCACCAGCUGGUGUGCGGCACCCACGUCCUGGCCGGCUACCCUCCGGACCCCCCCGGCAACCUGACCUGCACCAUCCGUGAGCACUCGGGGUGCCUGGCGUGCACGUGGGACACGGGACGGCCGACCCACCUGAGCACCCGCUACGCCCUCCACCUGCGCAGCGCGCUGCGUGGCGGGACCCGCUACUCGGCGUGGGUGCAGGCCAGCAACGCGCUGGGUGCUGCCCGCUCGCCUCCUCGGCGCCUCGACCUGCAGGAGCUCGUGGUUCCCGCUCUACCCCUGGUCGCCGGCGCCGAGACGAUGGAGACGUCGCCUCCCACCACCACCAUCCGCUGGAAGAGGCAGACGUUGCUGGAGAACGUGCGCUGCGAGGAGCGACACAAAGCCACGGGUGCCCCGGCGUGGCAUGUGGAGGAGUGGGACAGCACGGCGCAGCACGGGUCCCGCUCGCAGCACGACCUGCAGAGUAACACCCAGUACGCGUUUCAGGUCCGGUGCCGGCUCAGCCCUGCCGACAGCCCCUGGAGCGCCUGGAGCACCCCUUUUCUCUACACCACCCCCGAGGCAGCCCCCGCCGCGGCACCCGACGUCUGGCGGCGGCUGGGCCCGGCGUUCUCGAACGGCAGCCGCGAGGUGACGGUCUUGAUCAAGCCCCUCUCGCCCCGGGAUGCCCGCGGGAAGAUCCUGGGCUACACCGUGACCGCCGAGAGCCCCCGGGGAGCGAUGCUCCUCUGCAACACUUCCAGCACGGCGUGCAGCGUCCUGGUCCCCCCCGGAGCCCGUGCCCUCCAAAUCACCGCUCACAACUCCAGGGGGGCUUCCAGCCCCGCCAACAUCACCCUCGGCCGAGGUGCCGGCGGCCAGGAAGAGUUCCCGGCACCGGUGGCUGUGGAGGUGAAGCCCGAGAACCGGAGCGGGAUCUCGGUGGCCUGGCAGCCCCCCCGCCGCAGCGGGAGGUCCCCGCUCUGGUUCAUAGUGGAGUGGGUUUCCACCGCCCAGUAUGGCCAGAAGGAGCAAUAUUUUUGGAAGAAAGUCCCAUGCCAGGAAACACACACGUACAUCCAAGUUUUUGGAGAGUGGGACCGUGAAGAGCCCUUUGGGAGCAAGGAGGAGCGAGGGCAGUCGGUGGGAUCGGGUCUCCCGGGUGAAGAAGAGGCAGUACCAGGAGGUCGCAUCAACGUGUCGGUAUAUGCGGUCUACCCCGACGGAGUCAGCAAACCAAGCUGCGGCCAAGUCCCGUCGGAGGACCAGGUCCUGGGCAGCACCUACAGCGAGAUCUCCCAUGAUGAUGACAUUGGAGUUUUCCUGGGACUGGGCGUCAGCGUGGUCAUAUUGUCAGCUGUUCUGUUAAUUCUGAUGUUUAAAAAAUCAGCCAGAAAAAGAAUUAGCACCAUCCUUGUGUCGCUCUUGCCAAAAUGGCUGUUUGAAGACUUUCCCCACAUGGAAAACAGCAACGUGGUAAAGUCACUCCAGGAAAAGAGUGAUUCCACAAGUAGCAGUUUCCACGAGCCGUUCUUGGACACCAGCGACCCCGCAGUCAUGGAAAUCGAGGAGGUGCCGGCGCACAAGGAGUACAAGAACGUGGCCACCAGAAGGAAGCCCAGCAGAGAGGUCCCCGAGGUCGGGGAGCGCCCGGGGACCAAGGUGCCUGCCAGCACCACGACCCCUGAGCAGAUCACCGACUACAAACCUCAGGUGUCCGACGGGAACCCCCUGGGGUACGUGGCCGCCAAUAUUUACCAAACGCAGCCCCCCCCCCACCUCCCAGAACCGGAGAUGAAUGUCUUCUUCAGAGACUACACGAGCCCCGUUCCCCACCUGUGGGACGGGGAGGGAGGGGGACACCCCCUCUGUCUGCUGGAGAAGAUCAACCUCAUCUUAAACAACAGCCGGAGCGGGCAAAGCCACGCGUUCGGCUCAGCCCUGGGGGGACACGGCUCCCUCCCGGAGAACCAGUGGGGACACGCGCUGGGCAGCGACGGUCAAGAGCAAACGCUGGUCCCCGAUGAGCUGGUCUCUUGCCUGAGAGCCAUGAACGAGGAGUCGGGGGAUAUGAAGACCUGCUUUCCGCAAAGCAUCGGGAGAUUAUUUUGA